AUGCAAAGCCAAAUCUCUGACCCCAAUGUUCCUUUCGGAUAUCCGACCACGCCUGAGAAGAUUGUUUGCGAAACCCCUUCUUCAACUGAAGACAUCUCUAUGGGUGACGCCCAGGAACCUCAGCACACGAAGGCCAACAAGACCAACCAAGUCAGAAGCGCCGGAGCAUGCAUCACAUGCCGUCUCCAAAAGGUGACCUGCUCGGCCGCCUACCCAUGCGAGUAUUGCAAGAAGGCCUACCCUCAGAAGCCCGAGGUCUGCUGCAUUCGGCACGAGUUGAGCGUCGUCGCCCAAGAGAUUGCUUUCAGACGAUUCGACUGCUUUGACAGAAAUGAGGACAUUGCUAUCAAGAAGAUUUGCAGAACAGCGCAGCUAAAGUUUCACGACAGUCUCUUCGUGGGCCGAAUUUUCCUUGAUCGCGACCCUACCAAGUUUGGCCUUGAAGUGAUCCUCAGGAACUAUGAAUGCUCAGCAGACGACCGCACCAUCCUACAUCGCGGUUGCACCUUCUCAAAGGAUCAUGACAACCAGGCUCUCACAAUAAAAUCACUACAAAAUUGGGUCGAGCAGUCCACGUCUUCGUUGGAGCUCAUCACAUUCGAAGGCGGUAUUGGAUACUUCAUCAAGAUCUGUUCUACAUCCUUGCUCCCCGCUAGUCUUCGCCCUCAGAUCAGAACAUUGCUUCAGAAGGCGCACGUCUUCAGAUGCAUGUUUAAUAUCCUCUAUUGCCGAGACCUAUUCUUCCUCCAGGCCAAUGUCGAGGAGCCUCAGCAACUUCCCAGCCCCGCCCAGGCAGAAAUCCGAGGUGUUGCAAAGUCGGCUAUUGAGUCCUCCGAGCGAGACAUCUUCGCGGAACUCGACAGGUUCUUCAAGGCACAUAAGUUCAAUGAGGUGGAGAGGGCAAUCGUCUGGGCCGUUCUGUGGCAACUCAUGCUCACCUAUCGGGGCCUGCUCCGCAACACGAAGCCCUGGUGUAACAACGCUGAGCCUCUCCUCAACGCCGUGGCGGUCUUUUACGCAAGUUUAUUCAGGACGUCGGCCUCGCUCAAGUUGUCCCUGGACAGCAUCAAACUCCAAAACCCAGCAGUCGCUGGCGCGUUCAACUUUGCCUUGAGCCUGCGCGACAUUUUCUACAAAAGCAUUGGUGCUGGUGACGCAGAGGUUGACCAGCGUCUCAAUGAUCUCGUUGUGCGCCGGGAGAUCAAGCAACUCGACAUCGAUGAGCGUGUGAAGAGAGUCCUGCUCAACACUCCGCUCAUCGACGGCCACAACGACCUGCCGCAACAGCCGCGGGCAUGCUUCCACGGCAAGAUUCACAACAACCCAAAAUUCGACUUCGCGAAUGGCUUCGAGAGGGGGAUGACGGACAUUCCUCGUCUGAGGGAAGGUGCCGUCGGAGGUCAAUUCUGGUCCAUCUGCGUCCCCUGUCUGAGGUCCGCGGAGAACUUCUCCACCGCCGAGUACUCGGACAUGGCUCGCGAUGCCAUCGAGCAGAUUGAUCUGACUCUGAGGCUUGUCGAGUCGUAUCCUGAGACUUUUGAGUUGGUGAACGGCCCAGAUGAUGUCAAGAACAUUUACGAGUCCGGUAGAAUUGCUUGCUCCAUUGGUAUCGAAGGGUUACAUAUGGCUGGUAACAGCAUUGGCAUUAUCCGGGCCUUCUAUCGUCUCGGAGUUCGAUAUUGCACUCUCACUCAUGUUUGCAACAACGCCUUCGCCGACAGCUCAACAUCAAAAGUCGGAGCUGUUCACGGCGGACUGUCCAAGCUAGGUCGCUCAGCCAUAGUGGAGAUGAACAGAAUAGGUAUGAUCGUAGAUAUCUCACACGUCUCAGAAGACUGUGCCAAGCAAGUCCUCGAGCUCUCCCGCGCACCAGUCAUGUUCUCCCACUCCAACGUCAAGGGCGUCUUUGACUGCGCCCGCAACGUCCCCGACCACAUCCUCGACAUGGUCCCCGCCAACAACGGCAUCGUCAUGGUCACCUUCGUCCCGGAACACGUCACCACCCGUCGAAGGGACGCCAAGAUGGAGAUGGUUCUCGACCAUCUGUUCUACGUCGCCGAGCGCAUCGGCUGGGACCACGUCGGGUUGGGCUCCGACUUUGACGGCAUCGCGUCUGUGAUCCCCGGCCUUGAGGACGUGAAGUGCUAUCCCAAUCUGCUGAAGGCUAUCCUCGACCGAGGCGCGACUGAGGAACAGCUUGCCAAGGUUGCUGGGGAGAAUAUCCUAAGGGUUUGGCGCGGAGUUGAGAAGGUUAGAGAUGAGAUGAAGGCUGAGGGUGUCCUGCCUGUGGAGGAUGUUUGGGAGGGAAGGGAAUGGUGGAGGUACGACGGCUACUAUCAGAUGAAGGAUGAGCCUUACAUGGAAGAGAGAGGAUACGAUUGGUAUGGUGUUCCGCCUCCAGAAGAAGGCUUGUAUCUCGAUGAUAAAUAG